GUCAGAGCUACAAAACUGUUAAUAUCGCUGCUUCAGUAUCUGCAACUCGCAGCGGUUCACUUUCUGUUUCCACCAUGCUGUGCCUGGGACUGGGCUGUUUGCUGCUGAAUGUGUUUGUGGUGUUUGGGACCGAGCUCACGUUUGAGCUCCCUGACAACGACAAGCAAUGUUUUUACGAGGACCUAGAGAAAGACACGAAAUUUGACAUAGACUUCCAGGUCAUUUCAGGAGGAAACUAUGACGUGGACUGUUUUGUCACUGAUCCUCAAAACAAUGUCUUGUAUAACGAAAAGAAGAAGCAGUAUGACAGCUUCUCUCACACCACAGCUAUGAAGGGCGUCUACAAGGUCUGCUUUAGCAAUGAGUUCUCCACUUUUACGCAUAAAAUAGUGUACCUGGAGUUCCGCCAUGGAGAUGAGAAACCUCUUCUUCAGAGCAUGACAGGUGCUACAGCGCUGACUCAGUUGGAGUCCUCUUGCGUCUCCAUCCAUGAGAUCCUGAAGGUGGUGGCUGACUCGCAGACAUGGUACAGGCUGAGAGAGGCGCAUGACCGCACGAAAGCAGAGCAUCUCCUCGAGCGAGUGACCUACUGGUCCAUCGGAGAAACCGUCCUGCUGUUUGUCAUCGGUAUUGGUCAAGUCGUGUUGCUGAGGAGCUUUUUCACUGAGAAGAAAGGCUCAGUGGCAGCCACCACUUAGAACUCACAGUCUUGAUUCUCCCUCAGAAAGGCGAGGAAAAGCUUCGUCAAUGUGAAGACAUUAUCUGCAGAUAAUUACACAUCUUGUAGUAUUUUCUGCAAACUUUCUGUUAAGGGGGUGGUUGAGGAAGGUUUCUUGUUCUUUUUCUGCUUAUCCAGUGCUGAACUUGUGUUGAAAAUUGAGAUUGACACUUUUCAUCCUUGCACAAACUUGAUUAUUUAUUAUAUUUUUAUAGAAGUUCGAUAUAAAGCAGGUUUAGUUUAGGACCUAUCAUGGAUUUUCAUCUGGAUACUCAGCAAAUGUCAGAAACAACUUUUGUUUCAUAGUGUGUAUUAUGUUUGUGUAUGUUAUGUAUUACCUUAAUUUAUGUGCAAAACGUUGUUGUUGUAAUCUGUAGGUGCCCUGUCUCCCUCAUGUCCUGUGUGUCUCAUACCAAGUGCCUUUAAGAAAAUCUUAUUUUUCCCGAAAUUUCCUACUAAGGUGAAAGUUUACUGUGUUAAUUUGUCUGUUACAUGCCAUCCUGUUGUUACUGAUUGACUGGAUUAUCACUUUUACAUUUAGGUUUGAUUAGGAGGUUUAUAUCAUAAGGAGAUGCUUUUAAUGGAGAUUAAGUGACCAAUUAUUAUGUUAUAUGUUAUUAUUUUCACCAAGAAUGUUAUGUUUUCUGUCCUACUUGUUUAUCUGUGUGUUUAUUAUCUGUAAAAACAUUUCAGUAAAAGUGAAUGGGAAGUCA